CUCCACCUCUGCACACACAACAGCAGCAGCAGCAGUAACAGCAACAGCAGCAGCAGCGUGCCCGCCCGGCUGGAGCGAAACCAGCCUGCAGCACACAGUCUCCUGGGUCAUUAACCUGUCGCAUGUGGGAUACGCCAAGACAGACGGAUAUCGGCUUCUGCUGGAAUCAGAAGAAAAGCUCCGACUGACUUUUCUUGAUUUUUGUCUGUUUAUUUUUUUUCCAUUUUUUUGAGUGAUUUUGUGUUGCCAGGGAAGAGAAAGUCCGAGCAGCCAUGAGAGUUCAUCACGUAUCUGCCAGAUCACUCCACAGCCACUUCUGACCUAACCCGAUUUAGCAAACCAAAGAUGUCAGCGUGCAGCGACUUUGCAGAACACGUGUGGAAACCCGGCUCUUGUAAGAACUGCUUCCACCCGAUUAGCGCGCACAACACUGUCGGCGGCCUGGAUGGCAGCGUGCCAGCUGCUUGUCUGAAGAAGAGCACCCUGGGAGGUGGUGAAGAAGCUGGAGUGACAUCACCGUCACCCUACAGCAAGCCAACCAUCGCUGUCAAACCCACUAUGAUGAGCCUUGACACCAACGAGUCGAUGACUGAUGUCAACAUGAACAUAGAGCAGGAGAACACAAAGAGCCCAGUCGAGUGUUUUGGCCUGAAGAAGCUGUUGGGCCUGUCAUCUCUUUACAUUGAUAGUAACGACUGCAACAAAGCCCAUAAAGAGGCGGUUCUACAGAGUCCAGAAACCAAGAUGGACUAUGACAACUGCUUCCCCUUGUCUCCCAAUAUCCUGCCUAAAGACUCCAUGAUCAUCAGCAACAUCUUUGUCACCCAGGAAGAGGGCAAAGGUUCUCAGAGUUUAAAGAAAAAUGCCAAUGGAGACACAUGUAAGCAGCAGAAUAGUACGACCGCCACCAGAACCAAGAGCACUUAUAAUGGAAGUGGUGUGACCAACAGGGCAAAUUAUCAUGACGCCCAUCAUGCAUCUGUGGAGAUACCUUUCACCAUGGAUAUUGUCCCUUCCAGUCCUGCCACAGUUCAUAGCAAUGGUAUCAGCUGUGGGAGUACUGCUGCUCUCACCACUAAGACAUCCAGCACUUCCAUCACUUCUUCCACCACAGCUUUAAGCGUGAACACCACCAGCCACAAUUCUCAGUCAUCCCUCCACUCUCCUCCCGUCCUGUCUGUACAGACCAGCCUAUCGGACUCCUCUUGUUCUUAUCGUAGUAGUACAGAUUCACUUCCGGGGGCAGAGGGUUCAGGAGGGAGACGAGUAAGGUCAGGGAGCCCCCAAAGCCCACCAACCAUGGGUAGCUCACAGUCAGCACCCAACUCUCCCAAUGGGCAGUCAGACACAGAACCCAUUUAUGCAGAGAGCACCAAGAAAAAGCGCAGGUCGCAAGGAAAUGGGGUGCAAUCCCAUCCAGAGUCCCCAAACCAGACUAAGAACUCGCCACAAUGCUCUGAGUCUGAGCUUUCAGGAGAGAGUCAGCGGGCCACCAUCACUGUGAUGGCUGCUCACACAGAGGAGAACAACAGGACUUUCUACCUGAGCAGCCCCGAUUCUGCCGUCAGCACCCAAUGCCACUUUAGCCCCACAGCACGAAAAGACCCCAGCAGCCCAGCCUUCCGCUGGCCCAGUCCAAGCCGUAGUGCACCCUCCUUGACCACAGAAGCCAGUCUAAACCCCACUCUCAGCCCCAAACCUCAGUCUAGCCCACCCAUUCCCCCAAAGAGGACUACUCGCUCCCCCAAACUGGGCACCUCCAGCCUCUCUCCGUCCAUGUCUUCUCUAGUCUCGCUUCCUGAACUCCCCAAAAUGGGCACCUCCAGCCUUUCACCGUCCAUCUCGUCUCCUGUCCCUCUCCCUGAGCUCCCCAUGCUUUUCCUUGUCUCUGCUAGAGAAGGCCACUUCAAGGUCCAUACAGAGAACCACAGCGUGGCAUCUGAACGCUGGCUCAAGCCCCACCAUCACAGUUCAGGCUGGAACUGUUGCAUUGAGGAAGAGGAGGAGGAGGAGGAGAGAGAGCGGAAAGAGGGGGAGAAGAAGAAACUGGCUGCCAACCCAGGGACAACCUCUCGGGUGACAGGCCUGGUCAAUGGUGCCGCUGUCUGGAAGGAGUCCAGGGACUGGAAGGCCCACAGUAGCCCCCCUCCGAUGACAGAGCCAGGCACGGCCCCCCCGGCUGCCCACAACAAUGGUGCCUGUCAGGGGGAGACUGAGGGCACCGGUGCAGAGGAGGAGGGCAAGCAUAACGGGAGCAUGCCGGCCAAGCAACCGUUGCAUGACGGCUCAUCAGAGAUACUGGCAGCAGGGAAGGGAGCUGCCAACCAUGAGUCCAAUCCACCACCUCCCCCGCCUAAGAAACAGCACAGAGUAUGUGGUAAGAUGAGUGGCAGCAACAUGGAGCUGGACCGCUGUAGCCAACAAGGAUCAGUAGAGAGCCCUACUUCAUCUCUUCGGGGCCUGGGAAGCGCCAGCCUACCCACUGCCUCCACUGACAGCCUGACCGCUGACACCGGCUCUCGAGAUGCUACCCGGAUGUCUUGUUCCUCUCCAUUUCCCAGUCCAGUGGCCUCAGCUCCAGGGUCUCCUCACCCACCCUUGUUUAACAGCUUAAGUAACCAGCCACCUCCGCUCCCGCAGAAAAAAACGGUCAACCGCACCGUGUCGGCCCCCGAUAGUGCCAACGGAAAACCCUUUGUCCGAGCCUACCCACGCCUCCCGUUCACUGGCUCAGAAAGCAACGUGUGUCGACCCGCUGAUGUCAGCUGCCGGUCCAGUUUACCAUCCAGCCCUGUUGACCCGCGACCCAUUUUCUCCUCUAAUGAGUCUCUGGAGUUCUGUCACUCCCCGCUAAGCAGACCCUCAAGGUCCCGGACACUGGAUGAGCCGCUGAAGGGUCAUGGGCGUCUGGGUGUCCACUGCCGAAGCAGUGUGACUUGCUCCUCUUCCCCCCAGCUCAGCGCACCCUUUUCAGCCUCAGAACCGGGUUCAGCACCAAAUUUGGGCUCCAGCCUGCAACUCCAGACCCUCCUGAGUAACAUCGACAGUAGGGAGGGAGUGUACUCCAAACUGGGAGGCCUGUACGCCGAAUCUCUGCGGCGAUUGGCGCUAAAAUGUGAGGAUCACUUCACUCGCUCCCAGAGGAACCCGCUUAGGUUCGAGGAGAGCAACUGGUCUCUGUUCAGGCUCACAUCCAACAAGCCGAGCUGCAUUGCAGGAGACGCUGUGUACUACUCUGCUGCCUGUGCCUCUGACCCCAGCAACUCCUAUGCUGUAAAGAUCUGUAAGAGUCCAUCCAUGGAGGCCAAACAGGGCCAUUUCUACAGUCUGUCAGUGCAGCAGAGCAUGCCUCCCCACUUCAACCUCCAGCAGGACUGUGGCCACUUUCUCGCUUGUGUUCCCCAGAGCAUGUUGCCCUCUGAUCAAGUCUCUCUGCCAACAACACCUGCUUCAUCACUGCCUCAGCCGUCCGCGUCUGCACCUGGCCAACAGUUAGACCGAGAGCGAGUGGUGGUCAUCACUCCAGAGAUCCCGCAGCAGACAACAGCUGACUUUGUUCGGGAGUGGGAGGCGUUCCAUAAGAGUCAGCCAGAAGUGUACGAGCGCCGCAUAUGCUUCCUCCUCCUGCAGCUCUGCAACGGCCUGGAGCACUUGAAGGAGCAUGGGGUCACGCACCGCGACCUAUGCCUCGAAAACCUUUUGUUGGUGCCUCAUCACCGCAGGUCACCGCUGGCACAGACUCAACCCUCCAAUUUGCCCCAACAGAACACCAAUGACGCAAGCGCUAGUAACGGUUCAAGUGCUGUAGACAUUCAGCGUCACCUGCCGCGACUCCUCAUCAGCAACUUUGCCAAGGCCAAGCGUCGCUCAUCCGAGGACGCUGCCUCAGCCAGCGUGGACCCUCGCAUCAAACGUGACCAUGCCAGACUGGCGCCUGAGAUUGUGUCAGCAGCCCAGUAUCGCAAAUUUGAUGAAUUCCAGACUGGAAUCUUGAUCUAUGAGCUCCUUCACCAACCCAACCCAUUUGAGGUGAGUCCAGCUCUGAGGGAGCAAGACUACCGCUGUGAGGACUUGCCCUCCAUCCCUGCUGUCUCCCUUUACUCAGCUGGUCUCCAGAGGCUGGCCCAGCUCCUGCUCCAACCAGACCCCAUCAAACGCAUCCACAUCCAGGAGGCUAAGCGCAUACUGCAGAGCCUGCUCUGGGGCCCCAGGAAGGACCUGAUGGAACAGCAGUGGGAGAGACACGGACAGGGGGGAGGCUUCGUCGACGGAUCCCGACACGAGGGCCUCCUCAACUGGCUGGACGUGAAACGGGCGCUGCUGAUGAUGAAGUUUGCUGAGCGUUCACUGGAGGCCGAGAGGAACGCAGAGCUGGAGGACUGGCUGUGCUGCCAGUAUUUCUCCUCAGCUCACCCUCUGUCUCUCUGCCAUACUGCUGAACUGCUGUACUCACUAAAGUGAUGACUCACUUUACGAAGUAUUGUGUGAGCUUGUGAAUGUGUGAACGGCAAAAGACCAAUAAUGUCAAAGUCAAUGUCUAGACACUAUGGAUGGGCGCAGACAGUGUAGCGCUUUGUAUUCUCCAUGUCCUGAAAAGGAGAUACUGUGAACCUGCCUACUUGUUAGCGCCACAGCUACAUGCAUGAGAGUCAUGCGUCAACCUAACCGUCCACCUUCCACACAAACAGUAUCCUGUCACCUUAGCAAAGAAUUGACCUGUGAAAACCUGUGUUUCCAGAUGUUCUUUUAACAGGCACAGACAUAUGGAUAAAAUCACAAAGUCAUUCAUAGAGACUAAAAUCGCUUUGUGCCAGUGAAAAAAAGAAUAUGGACAGCAUUUAUAAUUCAUUAAUAAACUUACCAAAGUUUCAUGUUUAACACUGUAUUUUGUGUUAAAUAUCAAUUGACACAUUUUCCCUCUGAAAACAGGCUAACAGUUCAUAAUGUACCUUUUUUUGUGUCAGCCAGCUUUGCAAAGUACUGCUGUGUUGUGUUUUAAAUGUGCAGCUAACUUAAUUUUUCUGAUAUCAUAAUAAAAACAUGAGGAAAAUAGCAGACUAAUACUGUUGCACCUUUUCUGUUGGGCACACGGUGCUGUACUGCAUAUUGUGUAAUCAACACACGUUCAACUUUUCUUUAACCGGAUCCACACAAAAAAAUGCAGAAUAAUUUAUUUUCCUCAGUGAAUACUAGUGUACGUGCUAGUUUGAAUGAUCAGUGCAGCCUUCCUUAAGUCUGUGUUGUUUAACAGUCCUUGUUGGACAGAGCUGCAUAAUAAAAAGACAACAUAAAUCAAUAAUCAUAAGCUCUACUGUCUAACACUACUUAACAUUAAUUGAAUUGACAAAACAAUUGGCAACAUUAGCAAUUUCUCCUACUGAAUGGACGAUGCCCCGUUUAUGCUUACUUUUAAUACAUAUUUAAAUGUUAUGACAUUUGUCACAGUGCCUUUUGUUCUUUGUAUAUGUUACAGUGACUCAGAAGCCAAAUGUAAAUAUUACUGAUCAUUCGUCCUUUGUGAAACUGGCCUUUCACCGAAUGUUCUAGAAACAACUUUGUACAGUGUUUGUAGAUGAUAUGAGCAAACAAAUGAGCCCAAGCAGGUCUUAAAAAGCCAUGAAUAUGAUGAGCAACCGUUAAAAAAUAUUUAUAAUUUGUUAUCCUGUAGUUGUCACUGGAAUUCCUUUGUUUAUUUUGUGAAUUAUCAAGUGCAUUUGCUUUUUUUUUUGGCACGGCAGCAGCUCUGCCUGUUUUUUGCCUCCUGUUUUCCCGCGUAGGCUGCAGAGAAAACUUCUUGUUAUGAGGAUUUUAUCUCCAACAAAAAAAAAAUGUCAUAAUAAAGUCCAGAGGGGCAAUAAAUUAACAGCCUGCAUGCAGGGUUGUUUUGUCCAUGACUGGUGUUUCUAAUAGAAAGAAACAUUGUUCGAUCUCACAACUAAUACAUUUGAAUUAUUUUGUGUGUGCCUCACCUAUUUGCAUCAAUAAACUGUGCAUAUAUUUUCUCACAGUAGUAUCUGGUGU